AUGGUGAACUACCCGAAGAAGAAGACGAUGCACUGCCCUGAUGAGCGCUGCAACGCUCAUAAGAGCUUUAAAGUUGUGCAGUACAAAGCAGGCAAAGCACGUCUCUACGCCCGCGGUAAGCGCCGUUACGACCGCAAACAGUCUGGUUAUGGUGGUCAGACAAAGCCCAUUUUCCACAAGAAAGCAAAGACCACUAAGAAGAUUGUCCUGAAGCUCCAGUGCUCUAGUUGCAAGUCGAUUAUUCAGAACGUUCUGAAGCGCACGAAGCACUUUGAGCUGAACGACAAGAAGAAGACUGGCAACAAGGAUCCUACAUGGUAG